ACCCAGCAAAAAUCAGCUGAGCACAGAUCACGUGGUGUGAAGUCGGAGGUUUUUUCAGCCAUAAUGGAGUUGUCGGAGUUCGUACAGAAAGGGCUACAAUAUUUGGCAGAUGCGGAUUAUUUUGACGUGAAAACGUUCUCGGCUUUGGUAGAGGUGGCGUUCCGCAGUUUACUCGCCUCACACGCGGACGAAGCGAUCUUAGAUGGCGCAGAAUUUAAGCACAUUGAUCAAACUUUGCUGAAGCAUUGCCACGUUGCAGCCACCACUUGUAUACUGGAACUUGCAAAGCAGAAUUCGGAUAAAUCGACAAUUUGCACAUGUCUGGAGGACAUUAAGUUUGAUCCUGAGAGAAUAGACAUAUUUUACAGUUCAUUCCAGAAGAACAAAAGUGAAUUGGAAAACCUGUUGUCCAGGUGAGUUGUGAUACAUCCACUUGAGAAGUUCAUUUUAGUUGCACAAUGGAACAACUUCAGGUUGUUUAUCUCCAUGACGAUGCAUCGAACAACAAGAAUAAAGAUAACGGAGCUAAAUCCGCAUUUGAUGUGUGUGCUCUGCGGCGGAUAUUUCAUAGAUGCGACCACAAUCGUGGAAUGCUUGCACUCCUUUUGUAAAAUGUGCAUUGUCCGAUAUUUGGAGACCAGCAAAUACUGCCCAAUUUGCGAUGUCCAAGUACACAAAACAAAGCCUCUUUUAAAUAUAAGGUCUGAUAAGACUCUUCAAGACAUAGUCUACAAGUUGGUCCCGGGCCUUUUCAAAAAUGAAAUGAAGCGAAGAAGGGACUUCUAUGCUGAGCAUCCUUCAGUAGAUGCCGCAAAUGGAUCGAAUGAAGACAGAGGAGAAGUGGCGGACGAGGACAAAAGGAUAAUUACGGAUGAUGAGAUAAUCAGCCUCUCCAUCGAGUUCUUUGACCAGAGCAAGAUUGACAAACAAGAUAAUGGAGAGAAGGAGAAAGCGAAGGAGGAGAUGAAUGACAAGCGGUACUUGCAGUGUCCAGCUGCCAUGACUGUGAUGCAUCUCAGAAAAUUUCUUAGAAGUAAAAUGGAUAUUCCAUGCACCUUCCAGAUUGAAGUAAUGUACGAAGAUGAGCCCCUGAAAGAUUACUACACAUUAAUGGACAUCGCCUACAUAUACACCUGGAGAAGGAACGGCCCCUUGCCGCUGAAGUACAGAGUGCGUCCCAGCUGCAAGAAGGUGAAGAUCAGCCACCCGCGCGAGGGCCGCGGCAGCGCCAACCGCUCCGAGAUGGAGAGCGACUCGGGCAGCGACAAGGCCAACAGCCCCGGCGGCCUGCCCUCCACCUCCUCCUCCCUCCCCAGCCCCAGCACCCCGGUCCAGUCGCCGCACCCCCACUUCCCGCACAUCUCCAGCGCCGUCAACGGCACCUCCGUGAACCCCAGUCCGAAGCGCCCGGCCCUGUUCUGCAGCAAAGCGCGCAAGCCCUCGCUCAACGGCUCCUCGGCCUCCUCCGGAUGACUGUCCCGAGGGAACGCUGCCAACGCCAGCCUCUCCAGCUCUCUCUCAUGCCAAUAUAGCUAUAUUGUAGAUGCUUAAUUUUUAUUAUUUUUUUUAAUCAUGGUUGUUAUUGUUAUUAUUGUUCUUAUGUUAUCAUACAUGUGAAAGUGUAUAGUGGAAGUCACAUUUCAGUGGGAAAACCAGUUUGAGUAUGAGGGUGCCUGUAUUUCACAAAAUAGUUUUUGGCCAAAGUAUGUCAAACACAUGAAGUAUCGUUUGGAAAGGGGGUUUUGAUAGGGAAUGUUAAGUAAAGUUUUUGAAACUUUUAACUUUUGAAAUGCUGUUAUUACAUCAGAGAGACAAAGACCCAGACCCAGAUCUGAAGUGCAGUGUUCUUGUUCCACAACUUUAAGGAUUAACAUUGAGUAUGUUGUAGUUUUUGCACAACAAACCAACAGAUGCUGAGAAAGUAACCUAAUAAAAAAAAUAAUAAUAAUAAUUAAAAAAAAACACUUGGUGAUAUCACCUAAAGUUAACAAGAAGAUUGUGCUGGGAUUUUAUCUGGGACUGGCUUAGUUUUGUGGUUGGUCACUAUUCCUUUUUCCUUUUCAUAUAAGCUUGAACUCAUUUUUAACUGCAGAUAUGGCAUCAUCCGAAAAAGGCAAAUAGGCCUGUUUUUAUAUACAGUUACAGUCAUGAAUCCUAUAUUCCAUUAUAAAUGACACUGCCUUUCAUGGAAAAUACAAGAAAGAAAAUUAAAUGUGUAGAAUUACCGUAGUUUCAGUGACACUCCUGGUCAUGUAGCCUACGUGUCCUAAACAAAAAUGAAAUCAAACCGCUUGAUGUUUGUGCUUGCAGAUUCGUUAAUUAGAUUUCCCUUGAAUAGGCCACGCCCUCAAUAUCCCUGUUAGUGGCAGUAUUAUGUUUAUAAAGCGUGUUGCUGAAAACAACGACUAGAAAGCAUAAAGUUCUUGCUAUUAGUUUUUAAAAAUUGAAAUAAGCUUUUCAUGCUGUGGUUUUAUUUUGUUAAAUGCGCAGUUUUUAAUCAACCACCACAGGGCACGAGACCAAGGUCCGGAUAGAGAAGUGUAUAUAUGCCUAUUUACUUUAUUAGCUGAUAUAUAGAGGUGGAAUAAACUAACAUGUCCCAUACGUUUGGUAAACACGUAUUCCUCUGUAUAACCUAUACAAGAAGAAUCUUUGUUUCAAGUGUUUUGUGGUGUCUAUUCCACAGUGUUCUAAAUAUCUGUAUUUGGUCGACUGUAUGUAAAACUAUUGUAUUGUUACUGUUGCACAGUAUAAAAACUUCUAUCUAAAUAAACAUUUUACAUUUUUAUUACUUAA